AUGGCCAAGCGCACCAAGAAAGUCGGCGUCACCGGCAAGUACGGUACCAGAUAUGGUGCCUCGCUGAGGAAGCAGGUCAAGAAGAUGGAAAUCUCGCAGCACGCCACCUACACCUGCACCUUCUGCGGCAAGCCCACCGUCAAGCGCCACUCCACCGGUAUCUGGAACUGCAAGUCCUGCAGGAAGACUGUUGCCGGAGGUGCCUACACCGUUGCCACCCCUGCCGCCGCUGCCAUGCGCUCGACUCUGCGUCGUCUAAGGGAAAUUGCGGAAGUCUAA